UUCCGUGUACUUCGGUAUCAUGGUAGUUUGCAUUCAAUUUGUUGGAACGACGGAAUAGUAUUGGAAGAAAGAGGAUAAAAGGCAAAAUGCUUCUUUGACAAACUCUUAAAAAAAGUACAUCGUAGAAAGGAAGUAGGUAUUAGGAAGGGCUUGUCAGGAAAGUGUAAGGUAAAUGCGUGUGGAUACACGAACAAACGCGUAAGAAGAGUAAAAACGCGUCUCCGGCGAUACAUUUUAAAAUCCUAGCGACGCAUUGCGCUUUUUUCUUCCUCCUUGUAGUUUGAAACCACACACGUAUAAGGAGGGCUCCUCAAAUCCUGUCAAACUAUCUAUUAUAUUCCUAAGAACCAUUUUCAAUCUGUUGUGAUGGCGUCUUAUGGAGGGGCUGGAUCGGCCCUUGCCAAUGAACUGCCUGAUACCGUUGAUGGUUUACUGUGGCGAAUGCGAGGUGAACUGACUUGUCCGAUCUGUCUUCAAAUGUUAAGCGAAGCAACAAGCACGCCAUGUGGUCAUACGUUUUGUCAGGAAUGCAUACACCAAGCACUGCGAUCGGGCAUGACAGGCUGUCCUGUGUGUAAGCAGCCGGUGCAUCGCCGACGGUUGUACGAUGCCAGCUCAGUGGAUCUGAUUGUCCAUGAAUUUUUGCAGCUGCGCGCCGCGUAUGAGCAAGAAAGCGGGCACGAUUUAUCGCAACAGGUCCCUGCUCAUGAUUGGCGCGCGGAUCCGAUAUCUGACCUCUCGCAGCAAUUCCCAUAUCCAACCAAGGAACAAACCAAGGAUACCAAAGAAGAAGCAGCAGCAGAAGCUGUGGAAGCAAAUGAAGAAGAUGGACCAAUCCCACAAACAGUGGAUACAGAUGCAACUGAUGUCACUUCACUUGAAAUACGUCAAGGUGGUGAACGGGACCAGCAACAACAAGAGCACUUGUCAUGUGAACACAUCAUUGCAUGCACAGGCAUCCAAGACAACAAUGUGCACCAUUACCUAAAUAUCUUAACGACGAGACUUCCGAACGUGCGCAGGGUUCAGGAAAUCUCAGAAGAAGUGACCUGCAUGGUGGUUGGCGCAGAUGUAAACAGAAGGGCGCACAGGACUAUAAAGUAUAUGCAAGCGAUGCUCAUGGGAAAAAUCAUCGUGAGCCAGGACUGGAUCACUGCAUGCUAUGAGCAAGGCCAGAUGGUUCCGACCAAUCCAUACCAGGUGCUUGGCGAUACAAUCAACUACGACAACGUUCUAGAGCGAGCACGAGAAGAUAUUGCGCACGGGAAUAAGCUGUUCCAAGACACAGUGUUCUAUCUCCACGGAAGCUAUACACAGCCAACGCAGGAACAGCUCGGAUCACUCAUCACGCUGGCGGGGGGCCGACUCGUGUCGUCGCCUGACGCGUUGCCGCCAUCGGGCACUAUCAUCUGCACCGCGAGGAUGACGACAAAAGAGUCUGGACGCAUGUUUGCCAAGUACCACAAACACCCACUGGCCAGUGCGUGGAUCCUGGAUUCGAUCAGUGCAUACAGGGUGCUGGGAACGUCUAUAUACCGGGCUGGUGACAAGAGCAACCCUCGCUAUGUGGUUGGGUGACGGAGCACACACGCUUACCUUGGGGCGUACGUAGUAGUAGCAGAGAGGCAGAACAACAAACUGGUGCUGGCAAAAAAAGGUCCGAAGUGCUUCAUGCUUUGGA